AUGAUUCAUCGCAACCAAGCUUGGCAAAGCUUCCAUCAGGAGUCCUCAAUUACCAAGACGAUCCAGUGGCUCGUCAUCAAUCUAAUGUGGAAGUGCCCUACGAGAUAUACAACCGGUUUUCAAAGCACCGCAAGCACAUCACUGUUGCCGUCAUUUCCUGUUGCAGCCGAGUACAAGACUAGCGGAGAUAUCAUCAGUCUUAGCAAUGCGUUGUAUCUUGUCUUUAUGGCCAUUAGCCCCUGCUUUUGGGGGCCAUUGAGCCAAGUGUACGGCCGAAAAUGGGCAAGUAGUUUCUCUACAGACACCACUUCUCAUUCCGCGACGAGUUCAUUGUCAACUAGCCGUCGCCUGUUCAUCAAGACGUGUAUGGUGACAGCUUCAUUGUUUUUGGGGUGCUCGAUCGGCACAGCACUCAGCCCCAACGUCCCGGCUUUCUUCGUGUUUCGCAUCCUGACCGCUUUUGCCGGCACAUCGUUCCUCGUCACCGGUCCUGCAGUGAUUGGCGAUUUGUAUCAUCCUACAGAACGCGCGACUGCGAUGGGUUGGUUCUUAUCCGGCACACUCAUUGGACCGACGAUUGGCCCAGUCCUCGGAGGUAUUAUUGUGACCUACACAUCUUGGCGCGCCAUCUUCUGGCUUCAGACCGCGCUCGCAGGUGUCGGCGUUGGAGGUGCCAUAUUGUUCAUGCCAGAGACGCUGCAAGAACUGAAAAAGGCAGGCCUCGAAGGGCUUGCAUUCAGUAAAAAGGUCAGGGUGCUAUGGGGCAUGACGAACCCGGUCAGAGUUGUUCGACUAUUCAAGUUUCCGAACCUCAUCCUGGUGGCAAUCGCCAGUGGCUCGCUCGUAUGGAACAUGUACGGCAUGCUGACCCCAAUCCGAUACGUUCUCAACCCUCGUUUCUCUUUGACGUCGCCGGCACAAUCGGGCCUAUUCUACUUGGCUCCGGGCUGCGGCUAUCUUGCCGGUACCCUCGUAGGUGGCCGCUAUGCCGAUUAUACAGUUCGGCGCUGGAUAGCCGAGCGACACGGACGACGCAUUUCCGAAGACCGGCUGCGCUCUUGUCUUCCCUUCUUGGGGGCCGUUCUGCCGGGAUGUAUGCUCAUUUACGGAUGGACAGUCCAGCAGCGCGUUGGUGGCAUUGCUGUACCUGUCGUUUUCAUGUUCCUCGGAGGUGUAUCACAGCUGUUCUGUUUCCCCAGUCUGAACACAUACUGCUUGGAUGUGAUACAGGGACGCAGCGCGGAGGUGAUUGCGGGUAACUUUAUGGUAAGAUACCUCUUUGGUGCCGCUGGCUCGGCUGUUGUACUUCCAGCAAUCAAGGUAAUUGGAGUUGGAUGGUUCAGCACCAUUUCUGCCGGCUUCUUGGUGGUCGGAGCUCUCAGUGUUUGGGCUGUCGCACUCUGGGGUAGAAGAUGGGUACGAGAAGGAGACCUUAUUCAAUUAAUGACGGAUGUGACUAAAGUUCACGAACGGCGGGAUAUCCGCAUCUUGUGUUUCAAAUCGCUACCCGACGCGGCCCCCGAUAAGCAUUCGACCGAUUUUCGGCCGAAUCCCACGAUUCCAAAACUUGAGACGAGCUACCAUUUCAAUACUUCGGUCUAUAACUACGCCUGGAUGGAGCCUACCAAGAUCAUUAUGUCUCCGAGUAGUAAAGUCUCAAUCUUUGCCACGUACCUGAGCGAAGGAGAACAUUCAGAAGACAUGAUGGCGAACAGAAUCAAAGUCGCCAUAGCCGGCGCUACUGGGAACACAGGCUCUUCCAUUGUGAAUGCGCUGCUGAAGAGUCCCGAACUCUUCGAUGUUACAGCUCUAGCGAGACCCUCCUCGAUAAAGAAGCCCGAGCUCCUUGAGUUUGCAAAGCGAGGCGUCCACGUUAAGGCGAUUGAGCUAGAUGGGCCAACAGAGGCAAUUUCCGGAGUCCUCACUAACAUGGACGUCGUCAUCUCAUGCUUGACCUUGUUCACAUUUCAGGAAAAGAUGAAUCUUAUCGAAGCAUCGAGCAAGGUUAACGUUGGUCGAUACAUUCCAAGCUUUUGGGGCCCGGUCUGCGCACCCCGAGGCGUCAUGAUGCUCAGGGAUAAGGAGUUCGUUGACCGUAUCUGGGACCUCCAUCUGCCUUAUACCAUCAUCGACGUUGGAUGGUGGUAUCAGCUGACAUUGCCUGCCCUACCUUCAGGCAGAUUUCGCCCAAUGGUAGAAGAAUACUGCACCACGCGUGUGAUCGGGGACGGCAAUACCCCUUGGGCACUUACCAACAAUCGUGACAUUGGAAAUUUUGUCAGCCGAAUCAUCGCCGAUCCGAGGACCUUGAACAAGAUGGUUUUUGCAUAUGGAGAGGUCAAGACACAGAAUGAAGCCUUCGACAUUCUUGAGAAGGUGUCGGGAGAAACUAUGACUAAGGAAGAGCUGGAAGGCAUUAUCUCCCAGGGUCGCACAGGUCAGGACAUUAUGACAAUCAACCCCGAGAUUGGUAUGGGAGAGUAUCGGAAUCUGCUUGGUAUUCGAGGCGAGAAUACUCCUGACUUUGAAAACUAUGUCAGAGGUAUCUUGCAAACAGUUUGA